CAAAAUACUGGUUCAAAUCACGUAGCUGGAAACCAAAAAGUAAUUUUAGUGAUAACGAGCACGUGACAAAAAUGAUAACAAAAACAAAAUUCAAAUUUUUACCUACGUUUUGCGAAAUUAAUUCUGAAUUAAAUCCAGUUCUAAUUAAUUAAAUAGCAAAAUGCCUCCUGCAAAAAAAUCUAUAAAGAAGCAGAAACAUUUGCCACAUCUGGAGCUGGAAGAUGACUCUUUCGACUGGUCCUCCAAACCGUUAUCUAUCGAGCAAAAUGAUCCUGUCACAUCAUCAUCGGAAGACGAAGAAGAGACCGAAAAAAAGAGAAAGGGUAUUAGUAAAAAAGAAGCCAAGAAAGAGCAACUUUUAGCCGAAAAGAGACUUCGAGAGAAAGAGGAAGAAUUACUCAAUCUAGAUGAAAAUCCCCAAACAUCCGAUCAAUUUGAUAGACUUUUAUUAGGAUCUCCGAACGAUUCAAAAUUAUGGAUUAAAUACAUGGCGUUCCACUUACAGAAUACUGAAUUUGAGAGAGUGAGAUCGACUGCUAGAAGAGCUCUGCAAACCAUUGACUCCAGAAAGGAACAGGAGAUAUUGAACAUUUGGAUUUCGUUGUUGAAUUUUGAGAAUUUGUAUGGAACAAAAGAAAGUUUGAAUAAAUGUUUCGAAGAAGCUGCUCGUGUAUGUGACGAAUAUCAAAUAUACUCCAAGAUGUUGGAUAUUUACGUUGCCUCAAAUAAAUCCAAGGAAGCUGAACAGUUGGCCCAUAAAAUAACGAAGAAAUUCAAAUAUUCGAUGGAUUCGUGGUUGCAUUGUUGCGAAUGUUUAUUCAAAAUUAAAGAUAAUACCAAAGCUAGAUUUACUCUGCAACGAGGAUUAACGAGUUUAGCUAAAAAAGAACAUGUAUCAUUCAUUAGUCGAUUCGCUCUACUGGAACACAAAUACGGUUUCCCUCAAGAAGCUCAAACUUUAUUCGAACAUAUCCUAACGUCGUAUCCAGCUCGAGUAGAUAUCUGGAGUUGUUACGUGGAUUUAUUAGUCAAAUCGAAUUCCAUCGAUAUCGCUAGAAAUGUGUUGGAAAGAGCGUGUUCCCUGAAGUUACCUGCGAAGAAAAUGAAAACCUUGUUUACAAAAAGAAUCGCAUUCGAAGAAAGAUUUGGAGAUGAAAGUGCUGUGCAAAAUGUCAAGAAAGAAGCUCAAAAUUAUGUGUCGAAUUAUGCUAAGGUUUUUUAAUAUUAAAAGUGUAUAUUUUCACGUUGA